UCCUCUUCUUCGCGGCGGUGGGUCGGAGCCGCUGUGUCCCUGGUCUGGCACGUUCGUAGCCACAUUCUCCACGGUGUAAAAUUAGACCCCCCCCCCCUUUAACAAAAGCAAAAUAAUCCCCCUUUCAAUUCCCUGCUACCGUUUACAGGUUCACGCUGAACUCACACAACCCCCCCAGCACACAGCUCUGAAGAUGGCGGUGGUUAGCGGGAUGUCGGGGUCGGCUGUAGCCCGGCUGGAGGGCCGAGAAUUCGAGUAUCUGAUGAAGAAAAGGUCAGUGACCAUCGGCCGGAACUCUUCGCAGGGUUCGGUGGACGUCAGCAUGGGACACUCCAGCUUCAUCUCCCGGCGGCACAUCGAGAUCUUCAAUGCGGGAGAAGACGGCACCGGCACGGGCGAGUUCUAUCUGCGGUGCCUCGGGAAAAACGGGGUGUUUGUUGAUGGGGUGUUCCAGAGGAGAGGGGCGCCUCCUCUCCAGCUCCCCCGAAUGUGUUGUUUCCGGUUUCCCAGCACAACUAUAAAGAUCACGUUCACAGCCCUGUCCAAUGACAGGAAGGAGCCAAGGAACGUGUCGGAUUCACUGGUUAAGCCUGUGCAACCCCAAAUCUCCCCACUGACCAUCAACAUUCCUGACAACAUUGCCCACCUCAUAAGCCCCCUGCCUUCCCCGACGGGCACCCUCAGUGCGGCAAACUCCUGUCCAUCAAGUCCUCGGGGGGCGGGCUUCUCCAGCUACAGGCCGGGCCGUGUUCUGGCAUCAGACCUGAUAGGAGACAACUCCCAAUCAGAAAACGACAAGGAGGCCUCAGGGGAAGACAGCCCAAAGGAUGACUCCAAGCCUCCAUACUCGUAUGCACAGCUGAUAGUCCAAGCGAUCACCAUGGCCCCAGAUAAACAGCUGACUCUAAAUGGAAUAUACACCCACAUCACCAAGAACUACCCUUACUACAGAACAGCUGAUAAAGGCUGGCAGAACUCAAUCCGCCACAACCUGUCCCUGAACCGGUACUUCAUCAAAGUGGCCCGCUCUCAGGAGGAGCCAGGCAAAGGCUCCUUCUGGAGGAUCGACCCCGCGUCGGAGAGCAAGCUGAUAGAACAAGCCUUCAGGAAGCGCCGGCCGAGGGGGGUGCCCUGCUUCAGGACGCCCAUGGGACCGCUCUCCUCCAGGAGCGCUCCGGCCUCACCCAGCCACACGGGGGCACUGUCUGUGUCCAGCGGGGUUCAGACUCCAGAGAGCCUGUCCAGAGAGGGCUCCCCUGUCCCCAUGGAGCCAGAGCCAACCCCCCCGCAAGCACCCACCCAAACCACGACAGUCCAGCCCAAACUGGCUGUGAUCCAAGAGGCCCGCUUCACACAGAACUCCUCCGGCUCCCCCCUCAGCACGCAGCCUGUCCUGAUUGCUGUGCAGCGCCAGAUGCCUCAGACCACCAUGAAGCCUGUGACCUACACCAUGGCAUCGCCAGCCAUAGUAUCAACAUCAGUUAGCUCCGCCCCCAUCAUGCAGACGGUGCACGUUGUCCACCAGAUCCCAGCCGUCACCAUGGCAACUGUUGCUGGACAGCCUACUGCUACAGUGAGCCCGAAGCCUCAUGAGAAUGGAGGAGCAGAGCACCGGGAGAUCAAACCCAAAGUGGAGUCAGUGCCCCCCCUCACAGCCUCAUCCAUAGGGGGAGUCAGCCGCAUCGUCCAGGCUCCUCUGACUACACUCACCAUCCUGCAGCAAGCCCCCCCACUGGGCCAGCACCAGCUCCCCAUCAAGACCCUCUCACAGAACGGGACCCACCUGCUCCCCAUCACCACUAUUGCAAGCACAGCCGUUGCAAACCCCCUCCAGCUCCUGGCGGCCCACGCCUCCGCCUCCGCGUCCCUCCCCACCAAGAGGCAGAACGGAGAACUGCAUGACACCCCCCAAACAAAGAGGGCGAAAAAAGAGGAGGGGGACGCAGCAGCCACCUGCAACAAUGGCACCACGGACAGAGCCGGGGAGGGUGUGGUCAGUGAACAGUUCAGUGAUAAGUAGCCCCCCACACACACACACACACACACACAAUCUCUCCUGUAAUCCCCCAUCACUCCAUCUACUCCAAGGUGCCAAAAACCGAAGAGAUAGGGAAACACCUACAGGACUACAGAAUGUUCAAAACACCCCCCCUCCCCCCGGACCUCUCCUAUAUAUUUAAACACGAUGCAAAAACUAAAUACCAAAUUUGAAAAUGGAGCGAAGGAGUCGCUGAUCACUGCGUCCCUGAAGCUGGAGAGCCAGAGGUGAAAAGAAAAAAGAAAUCCAUGUUCCAGAUCACAGGAGGAAAAGUGCUGUGUGAGGAGCGACUGCUGCUACAGCUUCACUGUGAGGGGAGACAGUGGAGUGAGCAGUGUGUGGGCAGAGGGAAGGUGGAAGGACAUUCCCAUCUUGGACAGCUAGCCUCCAUGUGGACCUCCCUCCCCAGUUGUGAGUAGAUAUGCAGUAUUCCGUUGUACCAGUGUAUCCUGAGAUCUCUUUCAGUGUUGUCCUCGGCACAGAUACUAUCCAGUAAUAAAUAAGAUCAUUAAAAGCUCCAUAAGGACUUCACACAUCAGAACGUGAUCUUUUGGAACUCUUUUUAUCCGUUAUGUUUGUGGACUCUUUGUUCGGUCAAAUGAAUGUAGUCCCCCUUUUCCUUUAAACACUAUCUAUGGAGUGGAUGUUUGUUUCUGCUCAUCCAUGCAAAUGACAUUUCUUCAUCACUGUACAUUUACACAUUUUUCAUAUUUUACAAAUAUCCUAUGAGAUGAGAAGUAUAUACCCAUACGCUCCAUCAAGCUUGCAUGUUCUGAUCUAGAGACGACGUACGUGAGCAGAUAAUCUGAAUAUGGAACUGACCCUUCAUGGCUGUUUGUGUGACCUUUGUGUUGGAGCUGGAUGGUUUGAUUCUGUUCAGGCUAUGAAACGGUCUCUGAACGUGGACAUCUGUUCACAAGGAACAAAGUGAUAGGUGUUCAUUCUGCUUAAGUGGGUAAAUGCUUUUUUUUAUAAAUUAAUUUAAAACGCAUAA